UUUUUUUCCAACCUACACAUAUCAUAAAUUCUUUUACAGUUAUGCAAUCAUUGCAACGAAAGGAUUAAUCCAACGAAUACUAAUCAAAAAGAGUGCUUUGUUUAUAGUGCCUUUCAAUCGUCCUUUAUUUCGCCAGCAAAUUCAUUCUCACAAAAAACAUCGCGUAUAUAGCACGAAGUCACGACACCGAAUACCACCAGAAUACCACCAAAAUACCACCGAAACACACCAAUCUCGCGGCAAAACGUAAUACAAAUAUUAAUUUUGCACAUUAUAUGAGCGACAAGGCGACGCAAAUAAAUUAUAUUCCACGUAUAUUAAUCAUUUCUAAAAAAAAAAAUGACAACACGCUUUGUCGCACAUUUUCUGUACAAAAACUGUGAUGUAAAUUCGUACUUCCGCGCGAACCGGACUCUGAACCCUAUGCGCACUGCUAGAUUGCAUUUAUUGUCUGGUCAUCCAUUCGCCAUUUGCCUUUAGAUUAACCUCCGUGUGUAACGUAUACGUUUAUAUGUAUAUGUCGCGAUGUCCAUAAAUAUGCGCCGUCACUAACUUCCGUGUGAAGGACACUGCGUCCGCGUUGUCUUUCCGUGUCUUUCAUUUCACUCGAGAAUAAAAAAAAUAUGUAAAUCAUUCGGCGUGGCAAGAUCGAUUCGAUUCUUUGUACAAUGCACAAAAGUAUUGGACCUCGUACGACGUAGCACAAAUAAUUUAGACAAAUCAAUUUGUUUACUGCGAUGCCUCUGAGCCGUCUAGAUGCAGUCUACAGAAGCGUACUCCUCACGAAGUUCUUUACAAAGGGUUGGGGAAACCCUCAAAAUUUGAAGAGGAUUUUUGAAUUCAGAAAAGUUAUUGCAAAUCGAGAAGCAUGCUACAAUAUGAUACCACUUGACUAUCCAAUAGAGAUAACAAAAGAUGAAAUUUGGUCAGAUUGUCAUAUAAUCGAAGGUCAAUUUAAAUCACCCUUUGAGGAGCAUCUUCCAGGAAUAAUGCCAGAUAAGACCAAGACGGCUUACUUUCAAAUGGUUUUACCAACUAAAUGGAGCUCCCACAAAAUAAAGCCAAUUUGUUUACAUCUUGCAGGUACAGGAGAUCAUUUUUUUUGGCGACGUAGAAAUCUUAUUGCUAAACCACUGCUCAAAGAAUCUGGAAUAGCAUCUAUAUUGCUGGAAAAUCCAUUUUAUGGAUUGAGGAAACCAGAUGAUCAAAUACGUUCCAGUUUGCAUAAUGUAUGUGAUAUUUUUAUUAUGGGAGGCUGUUUGAUAAUGGAAUCAAUCGUUUUGCUAAAUUGGUGCGAACAACAAGGAUUUGGUCCACUAGGUCUUACUGGAUUGUCAAUGGGUGGCCAUAUGGCUUCUUUAGCAGCCACCAACUGGCCGAAACCUAUAUCACUAGUACCUUGCUUAUCAUGGUCAACUGCUUCACCUGUAUUCACGGAAGGAGUAAUGAGUGCAUCGAUAAAUUGGGCACUUUUGGAAACACAAUAUUUUGCGGACAAAAUUUAUCAAAACGAUCUCGCAAAAAUGGUGAAAAUAAUUGAUCACGAUGAUGCUUUCUUGGCUGGUCAACAUUUUGCAAAGCAUUAUCCCGCAAGCAUGAACAGAAUAGAUAAGUUAAGAAAAGAAUCCACAGAAAUUAAUGGAGACAAUAAUACUGCAGAUAAUACAAAUGGUACAAAUUCUAUCGACAAUGGUAAAGACAAUAAUAUUUCUGUUGAACAUGAAUCUAGAAAUGAGAAGCAAUUGCAACAUCAGAUUGCAGAAGAAAAGGCAGCAGCAAAAAUAUUUCCCCUGAAUUUGAUCUCCAACAAAUUUAAAGCGAAAGAUCCUAAUACUCUCAAAGGAGUUUGUUUACUGCCAGUGCCGAAGCAUCCACUGUUUUCAGACAACAAAUGGCGCGAGCACAAAGCGUUGCAAUUUAUGCGUGGCGUAAUGGACGAAUGUACACACUUGAAAAAUUUUGAGGUACCUGUUGAUACCGAAUUAAUUAUCGCAGUUUGCGCCAAGGAUGACGCUUACGUGCCACGAGAUCAUUGUAUGAGCUUGGAAACGAUAUGGCCAGGAGCCGAAAUUCGUUAUAUCAAAGCUGGCCAUGUGAGUGCCUAUCUUCUUCAUCAGAAAGUCUUCAGAUCCACGAUAGCUGAAUCUAUUCAACGAUCCUUGAAGAAGUAUCCUAUUGAAGUGACUUGACGGUUUUACAACGUUAUAACAUGCGUAUGUUAUUUUAGACUCAUUAUUUUAAAUUUAGUUAGAUGAUGGAAUAUUUUCCUAGUUUGUGAUUACCGAUUAAAGAUUUACUGUUGAAGGUGUGCACACACACACGCACAAUUUAUUUUUCGAUUGAUGCAGGUAAAAAUCGACCACUCAAUAGUACAAUUAUUCAGUCAAUUUCAUAGAAUAUAAUAAUUGAUAUCAGUGUCAUUGAAUGUGCUAUCUGCCAAUAAUGUUCCUACAUAAUACGAUUAUAGUAAUUAAAAAUUACGAUAUUCUUUGAUAUAGCAAA